AUCUGGGGGACAGAGAUGCCACCACCCCAAGGGACAUCGGGGACAGGGAUGUCCCAGAUCUGGGGGACAGAGAUGCCACCAACCUUAGGGACGCUGGGGACAGGGAUGUCCCAGAUCUGGGGGACAGAGAUGCCACCACCCCAAGGGACGUUGGGGACAAGGAUGUCCCAGAUCUGGGGGACAGAGAUGCCACCACCCCAAGGGACGUUGGGGACAGGGAUGUCCCAGAUCUGGGGGACAGAGAUGCCACCGCCCCAAGGGACGUUGGGGACAGCGAUGUCCCCACCCCAAGGUACAUUGGGGACAGGGAUGUCCCAGUUCUGGGGGACAGAGAUGCCACCAACCUUAGGGACGCUGGGGACAGGGAUGUCCCAGUUCUUGGGGACAGAGAUGCCACCACCCCAAGGGACGUUGCGGACAGGGAUGUCCCACCCCAAGUGGUCAAGGACGUUGGGGACAAAGCCACUGGGGACAGGGAUGUCCCCACACUGAUGGACAUUGGGGACAGAGAUGCCACCACCCCAAGGGACGUUGGGGACAGGGAUGUCUCCCCCCACGUGGACAAGGACGUUGGGGACAAAGCCAUUGGGGACAGGGAUAUCCCCACGCUGAUGGACAUCGGGGACAGAGAUGCCACCACCCCAAGGGAUGUUGGGGACAGGGGUGUCCCAACCCUUGGGGACAGGGAUGUCACCACACCGAGGGACAUUGGGGACAGGGAUGUCCCGGUUCUUGGGGACAAGGACAUUGGGGACAGGAAGGCCACUACCCUGAGGGACAUUGGGGACAGAGAUGUUGGGGACAGGGAUGUCCCAGUUGUUGGGGACAAAGCUAUUGGGGACACAGAUGUCACCACCCCAAGAGACCUUGGGGACAGGAAUGUCCCACCCCAUCUGGUCGAGGACAUUGGGGACAGGGAUGUCCCCACUCUAAGGGAUGUUGGGGACAGGGAUGUCCCAGUUCUUGGGGAGAAGGGUGCUGAGGACAGGGAUGUCCUCACCCUGAGGGACACUGGGGACAAGGAUGUCCCAGCCCAUGUGGACAAGGACGUUGGGGACAGGGGACCUUGGGGACAGGGAUGUCACCACGCUGAGGGACACUGGGGACAUCACAGCCUUGAGGGACGUUGGGGACAGGGAUUUCUUGGGGACAAGGACGUUGGGAACGGAGAUGCCACCACAGUAAGGGACAUUGGGGACAGAGAUGUCCCAGCCCAGCUGGUCAAGGACGUUGGGGACAAGGACGUCGCAGCUCUAGGGGACAUUGGGGACAGGGAUGUCUCCACCCUGAGGGAAGUUGGGGACAGGGAUGUCCCAGUUCUUGGGGACAGAGAUGCCACCACACCAAGGGACCUUGGGGACAAGGAUGUCCCAGUUCUGGGGGACAAAGCCACUGGGGACAGGGAUGUCAUCACGCUGAGGGACAUUGGGGUCAAGGAUGUCCCACCCCAUCUGGUGGAGGAUGUUGGGGACAGAGGUGUCCCUACCCUGAGGGACGUUGGCGACAGGGAUGUCCCAGUUCUUGGGGACAAGGACAGUGGGGACAGGGAUGUCCUGAUGCUGAGGGACAUUGGGGACAAGGAUGUCCCACCACAUCUGGUCGAGGACGUUGGGGACAGGGAUGUCCCCACCCCAAGGGACGUUGGGGACAAGGAUGUCCAACCCCAUCUGGUCAAGGAUGUUGGGGACAAGGACGUCGCAGCUCUAGGGGACAUUGGGGACAGGGAUGUCCCCACCCUGAGGGACACUGGGGAUGUCACAGCCUUGAGGGACCUUGGGGACAGGGAUGUCCCAGAUUUUGGGGACAGAGAUGCCACCACCCCAAGGGACCUUGGGGACAGGGAUGUCCCAGAUCUGGGGGACAAAGCCGUUGGGGACAGAGAUGUCCCCACCCCAAGGGAUGUUGGUGACGUCACCGCCCUGGGGGACGUUGGGGACCUCGGGGCCACCUGCGCCGCUGGUGGCAUCACCAUCACGGUGACGGCCCCGCCCGGGGAGGAGGCGGGCGCUGGGGACGUCCUCGGCGAUGACAUCACCGCUGAUGUCACCGCCGCCCUCCCCGGGGAACGCCCCCCUGCUCUUGGGGACGUGGGCUGGGGGACCUGA